AUGGCGCAACACGAUCCCAUUUUACUCUACGUGUCUCGUCUGUUGGAUCCACAGACGGCAGCCGAUGCGGCCGCUCUCUAUGCGUGGUGUCGGAGACUCGAUGAAAUUGUCGAUACACCUGAUGAUAACUCAGACAACUCCAAUACUACUACAAGAGCACAACUGGAAGAGUGGCAAGAUCGAUUGGACCAACUGUGGGACGGACGACCGGUGGAUGCCAUGGAUGCCGCACUCUACCAAUGUCUUCAACGACAACAAUUGGAUCGCACACCCUUUGACGACAUGAUUGCAGGCAUGAUGGCCGAUACAGUCAACCAUCCGCGACGCAUUGCCACCAUGGCCGACUUGGAAGAAUACGGCUAUCAAGUCGCUGGAACUGUGGGACUCAUGUUACUGCCUUUACUAAAUGCCAACAACACGACACUGGCGCAAGCACCGGCCAUUGCCUUGGGACAAGCCAUUCAACUCAUCAAUAUUUUGAGAGAUGCCACUCCCGAUGGUACCAUGGGACGUAUCUAUUUGCCCCAAGACUUGCUGCAAGCAAAGGGAGUCCUAGAAUCCGAUAUUUUGGCUGGCCAAUCCUCCCCCCAAUAUCAAGCUGUCGUGCAACAAGUGGCCCAUCGCGCCGAAGAACUCUUGCAAGCAGCCGAGCGAGGGAAGCAAUGUUUGCCCGGAUUGGGACCCCUCUUGGUACAAAUCAUUGUCGAACUCUAUCGGGGGUAUUUGGAUCAAUUGGAACGGCCAACCGAGAACGCGUCCGGAUCAGUACGCACUCAAGCUUGA